AUGGCUGGCAUGGUCAUCAGUCAAGUGCUUUGGCCGUAUAUGAGAGAUGAGUCCGUGAACAUUGAGGAGAGAAAAGAAGUGUUCAGGUACUAUGGCACCUUCACAUCAACGUUCCUCACAAUGUUCGAGGUGUUGCUGGCCAAUUGGGCCCCACCUGCAAGAAUCUUGGUGGAUAACGUCAGCGAUUGGUUUGUCUACGUUUUCGUCGUGUACCGCUGUGUGGUGGGCUUCGCGGUUUUGAACGUCGUUUCGGCAGUGUUCAUACAGCAAACCAUGAAGGUGGCGCAGGCUGAUCAGGAGCUGGUUUUGAAGCAGCGGCUGAGAUCUGAGCAGGCUUAUGCAGCCAAGAUGAGAGAGUUCUUCGACAAGUUGGACACACACCACACGGGCUACUUGACAUGGAAGGAGUUCAGUCAGGUCCUGCGCAAGCCAGAGUUGCGCUCAUGGAUGGCCACUUUAGAGCUGGAAACCUAUGAUUUGGUGAAUUUGUUCCACAUGAUCGAUGAUGGUGAUGGGGCCAUCACCGUGGCAGAGUUCCUGGAUGGGGCAAUUCGCUUGAGAGGCGUAGCCAAGAGCUUGGAUUUGGCGCAGGCGCGGACUGCUUCGCACACUGGAAUUGGAACCUUACACAAAGAGAUAGAUCCUAUAGUACCCUGUCCCCAUUUCGGAGUAGGACUGUAUCAUUUACAGACGUGCUGCAUGCUUUGGCCAACCAAAGGAGGAGUUCCGUUUCCCAUAAGACCCAUCGGAGUUGAAAGACCAAUUUGGCAAGUUUCUGGCAUGUGCAGCUGA